GCAGCGCAGACCGACGGUACGUUUUAUUCUACAUCUGCGUAAAAGCGACUUUUGUUGCUGAGGUUUAUUUGUGUGUAUUUGGUGAGCUGCAGUCAUGCCGCUGGUAAAGAGGAACAUUGAGCCGAGGCACCUGUGCAGAGGAGCUUUACCUGACACCAUCAGCAAUGAGCUGGAGUGUGUGACCAACAACACACUCUCUGCCAUCAUUCGACAACUCAGCAGCCUAAGUAAACAUGCAGAGGAUGUGUUUGGUGAGCUCUUCAAUGAGGCCAAUACCUUUUACCUGCGUGCCAACUCUCUACAGGACCGCAUUGACAGACUCACAAUCAAGGUCACGCAGUUGGACUCUAGUGUGGAGGAAGUGUCACUUCAGGAUAUCAAUAUGCGUAAAGCCUUUAAGAGCUCUACUGUUCAGGACCAGCAGGUGGUGACAAAGAGCAGCAUUCCAAACCCCAUUGCAGAGACAUACAACACCACAGAUAAACCACCACCUCUCAACAUACUCUCUGCCUACAGGGAUGAUCAUAUUGAUGGAAUUAAGUUCUACACAGACCCCUCGUAUUUCUUUGACUUGUGGAAGGAGAAAAUGCUUCAAGACACAGAAGACAAGAGGAAAGUGAAGAGAAAACAGAGGGAGCAGAAGCGCUGUGUUGAUGGUACGUUGCCGCGGGAGGUGAAGAAGGUUCGUAAGGCUCAUAACCGCAGGCAAGAGUGGAACAUGAUGGCAUUUGACAAAGAGCUGCGGCCGGACCAUCGACAUCAUCAUACACUUCACAAGGGUAUAUCGUCAGAGGGCUCGCUGUCUCCAGAGGGCAGACUACAUGGCCCAGACUUCCCUGUCCCAGUAUGUCACGCUCCAGUGCUAGCGAGGCACAUACACACACAGCCACAUCCUUUCAUGCCUGUGGAGACAGCUUCCUCUAGUGCAAAUGGAGGGAUAGAGCAUGAGUACCACAGCAUCGGAGGACCGAUAGGGGUGGGUGUGAGUGCUGCUGUGGGUUAUAGAGUGGGCACACUCAAUCGAACACACCCACCUCCUCCGCAGUAUCUGCCCUCUGAAAGUGGAGUCAAUGGAAACAUCAGCCUGCCACCAACAGACUAUAGUAUGAUGGAGUAUUAUGCUAGUUCAGGGCCACCUCCUCCUCCUAUGGGUCCCCUUAUUCCAUCUGCACAGACAGCUUUUGCCUCACCUCCAGCGGGCCCGGCUCCUGCUCAUCCUGGAUCAGUCACCUCAGCCUUACGCUAUCCUUUUCCACCUGUCCCACCUUCUGGACCCGCUUUAGCCCCUCCUCCUGAAGGUCCACCACCUCCUCCAGCUCCUCCCAUACCUACUCAUCCAGUAGCACUUGGAGAAGGACGGAGACAAGAUCUGCAGCCUAUCACAGAUCCACGCAGUGACCUGCUCUCAGCAAUACGCAUGGGUAUCCAGCUGAAGAAAGUUCAGGAGCAGCAGGAACAGCAAGCUAAAAGAGAGCCAGUGGGGAAUGACGUGGCCACUAUACUCUCCCGCCGUAUUGCUGUGGAGUACAGCGACUCAGAAGAUGACUCAGAAUUCGAUGAGAAUGAGUGGUCUGACUGAUCACAGUCAAACACACACGCAUGCAGACCAUUUUAUAUACUGUUCCUGUGCAAAUGGUAUGCAAAUGACGUAUGGAGACAUUCCUCUUAAAUAUAAAAGCACAAACACUUUCACUCUCACACACACAGUAGGGAACAAAAGUCUGAAAUGACUAGUAAAAAUGCUUUUUCCACUUGAGAAUUUUUUGUCCAUUACAUAUUAUAUUAUCAGCAUGACAAUUUCAAUGAAAAGCUGGCCAAUUCACUGGAAGCAAAAAAAUCUACAUUUGAUUAGUGACCUAGAAAUCUUAAAUAGCAUCUUGAAUAUUUAUUAGGAUUGUUUUUUGGAUUUUUUUACUUAUUUUUCCAGUUUUAAAUGGGAUUUAAAAAAUUUGAACCAACUGUAUAUAGUUUAGGAUUAAAAAUGACUUCUUAAACAACAGAUGCUUAUGUAAAAUAGAUGGGAGCUGUGAACAAACUGAAGAGACAAAUAUUACUGUAUCAUAUAUUCAAAAAGGUAAAUGUCCAAUUUGUAGCUGAUUUUCUAAGGCCUGAUUUUUAAAGGCUUUUGGGUUAAAUCUGGGAAUGAUCUGUACAGAAAAUAAUAAUUAUUCAGAAUUUCUAGAUUAAAAAUUUGAGUAAGUAAUCGAGGUACUGUAAGAACCUAACACGACCUGCAAAGGUGUUGUAGCAUUAUUUUUACCUUUUUUAAACAAUGGCACAGUCAUUAUUUAAUGAUCUGCGAAUGUGCAAAAGUCAUGAUUAUUUAUUAUUUCUGUUUUUAUUUCUGUUCCACAGCUUGUACCAAGAAAUGUUUGUGUGGAAAAAUCUGUGUUAACAAUGCAUUAUGAUAAGCAAAGCUCCCAUGUGCCUGACCUCUCUCUUCUCUUUCACUCUUUCUCUCUUUCUUUCUCUCCUCCUGCAGAUAUUUAAAUGUAGACUUAUCCUGUAUCAUAAAACACUUUAAAAAUUCCAUGCCUUCUUUUCCUAGUUGAAAAAAUUCUUAUUUGGACUGUAUUAAAAAAUGAAUUCAUAUGCCAUUCAACAAUAAAUAUCUAAGCAGAAUUAUGACAGUAUUUACCACUUACACAUUAUAGUGCCUUGUA